UUAGGGCCCCAAUCCUUGGGGCAUGGCGGCAAGAUUGACCUUCAUCGAACCGUGCCAUUUUCGAUGAGAUGGAAAUGGUUUGUGCAGCAACUUUUUGGAGGGCUUCGUCCAAUUCCAGGUGCAAGCGCACUUGUGAAACAAGCUGGACAUGAUACGGCCAGUCUGUGUGGUGCUUCCCGCACAGACUUCCAGUCAUUGCUGGGAGCAUGUCCAGUCUUGGUAUACCGCGGGCUCAUCAAUCCAAAGCUCUGCCAAGAGUCGACGCAGAUUCUCCUUGAAGGACGCUUCGCUGAGUGGAGGCUCGGCCAAGAUCCUGAUGCACCAGCCUCUGACUACACGAAGAUUGGCUACACAAAAACCGAUGUCCUGAUCCAAGAAGGUUUUCGCAUGACUGCGACAAGUGCAGCGCCAGAGAAAUACAUUUCCAGCGCUUUGGAGACGACCAAGCUCCUGCAGAAAGCCCUUGGAGGUGAUUUCUUCCAUGCUUUGGCCAGCAAGUUUGCUCCUUUGGGCAUCAGCCUGCAACUGGAGCAGUGUCCAUUGUCACAGCGGCCCUUUUUGCCGUGCGUGGUGCGGCGAAUGGAACCAGGUGGCCGCCGCAAAGAGGGUAACAUACACAUGGAUACAGUUGUGCCUGGAAGCACCUUGUCUUUGAAUGUGUAUUUGAAUGUUCCGGAGAUGUCUGGCGGAGAGCUAGUCCUUUAUCCCAUUCGCAAGGAUUCUUUGCAGCGAUUCUUGAACUCCCAUUUCUUUGAGACCAUUGAUUUGCAAAACUUCUUUCCAGACAAAGAGUUCUACACGAAGGAGAUGCUGAAAGAAGUCGAACCGAUUGUCUACUCUCCUGCCACGGGAGACGUGGUUUUCAUCGAUCCUGCAUAUCCACAUGCUGUGCGAGACUUUGCAGCUGGGCAUGUGAAUGAGUGUUUGCAGUUCUGAAGGUUGGACUUGUCUCCCAAGAUUGUUUUGUGGCAUGUAGGAGUGAAAGCAAAUCCUUGUGUACGUCGUUUUAUUCUGAGGUUGUGUCAGAGAAGUCUGUGGGUCCUACUUCCCGACUUUCUCUUCAAACGUUCAUGCAGGUUUCAGGCUCACUCGAAGGAAAUGAAGAGCUGCGGCUGGAAUAUGCAGUUUGACUUCUGAGUGAUCCAUGGAAAUGAUGCCAUGCUAGCUGCUAGUUGUUUAGUGAAGUUGUGCCAAGAGCUUCAAGCCCAAAAGUCACGUGACUCACAUCACUUCAUGGUUCCUUUGGUCCAGCAUUUGCUCAGAAGUGGG